UUUGAUUUAAAGUUUGAUUCCUUAAGUUUUGAUGUUGUAAUAGAAAAAGGGACAUUAGAUUCGUUUAUGGUUAACCAAAAAGACCCCUGGAGAAUAUCUUAUGAUUUAGAAGAAAAGUUGGAAAAUAUCUUGCUUAAGAAAAUAAGACAUGAACAAAAAUGCAAAGGAAAUCAAACGAGUGAGUUUGCUGUCUGUUGAAGAGUUUGAAAAUUAUUAUUUGAAUAGUGAGACUCCUGUUAUUAUAGAAAACUAUAUAAAAGAAUGGCCCGCUAUGAAAUGGACAUUAUCAAGCAUUAAAGCAAAAGCAGGACACAAUAAAGUAUUCGUGCGUCGAAAUACAUCCCAAGAAGAUUAUAAAGUUGGAAAAAAGUACAAUAUAGAAUCAAUGACAUUUAAUGAAUAUGUUGAAAAUAUUGAAGCCAAUAAUAAAAAGGCGCAAUCUUCUUAUUUAGCUGUGCAAAACAUAAAAAUUGCUUUACCUGAGUUAGCAAAUGAUAUCUGUAUUCCUUCCUAUGUAAAAAAGUUGCAUGGGGGACCUUUUUUGUGGCUUGCUAGAAAAGGACAUUAUGAAUUUUGUCACUUUGAUCCUGAUGACAAUUUUUUAAUUGUAUUUUCUGGUGAAAAACAUGUUAGACUCUACAGAGCUAAUGAUCUUGAGAAUCUCUAUCCCAAUCCAUUUGGAUCUAAUGGCCGCACUAUUCAAUCUCAAGUAAAUUGUGACAAUCCGGAUUUCAAUAAGUUUCCAAACUUUAGGAAUGUUCAAUUCUUUGAGUGUAUAUUAAAACCUGGUGAGAUGCUUUAUUUUCCUGCAUUUUGGUGGCAUCAAGUUACUUCAACAGAUACAACAAUAUCAAUGAAUAUAUUUUUUGGAAACGAUGGUACAAACACAUAUAUUUCUAAAAUAAUGAGCGGAAAUCAAUGGCUGAGCUUUAAAUACUGGAUUCUUAACAUUAUUGAGCAAAACAGGCACCUGGAAUCUUUUCGGAGUGUUUUAGAAUAUUUACCUGAAUCGCUUACGAGUUUUCUUGUUAAACAAUGGCAUGAGAUACCAACCAAAUCUCAGUUAGAUUCUCUUAUUAAUGCUAUCUUAGAUCACUGUGGAUUACGCGAGUUGCCGGUGCGAUCAAAAGAUUGUAAGAACCCACCCAAGUUAAGAAUUCGGGGUCUAUUAUGGAGAAAAUAGUUGAAUUUUCUAAAUAAAAUAUUAAAUUUUAAAAAAAUAUUUUAAGUUUGAAAUAAA